AAUGAGAAGGCAGCGUCGGCUCCGGACGCCAACAUGGCGGCGUCGGCGGCAGUGGCAGUGCUUAGAAAUUGUCUGAGAUUUUAACCUUUCUGACUGGGGCGUGCCCGUUCCUCUGAACGGUAUUUAGUUUUCUUUCUAAAAGGAAAAAAAAACACCCGAAAAUUCUGUCAGCGCUCCUAUACUGUCAGGGGAAGGGAACGGGAGGUGAUGGCGAGCGACAGCAGGAGGCAGUUCUGGAAGCGGAACACCAAGGUUCCCGGAAGUAUACAACAAGUUUAUGGAGCACAACAUCCCCCAUUUGAUCCCCGUCUACACAAAAAUUUACUUAAAGAAGGUUCCAAGAUGUAUGCACAGUCAAAAUCAAAAAGAGCCUCCAGUUUCCAUGAGUUUGCGAAAAGCACCAGUGACGCUUGGGACAUUGGGGAUGACGAAGAAGAAGAGUUCAUGUCUUUUGCUUCCCAAAGCCUUAAUUCAAAAGUUGCAAUGGCAACAGCUGCUCAGGUCAUUCAGAACCACAAUAAAUUGAAGGAACCUCCUGGAGAGAAAAUGCAGCAAUCUGAAUCGUUCGAUGAGAUUAAAAGGAACGGCAAGGUGGUAAAAUCGAACAGUGAAGUACAACUGUCAGUGUCUUCGGGUGGCUCUUUAGGCAGAGUAACACUCCAAAAACAGCAGUCACUCCCUUCGCGGCCUGUUAUUCCAUUAGUGGCACGAAUUUCAGAUCAGAAUGCAUCUGGGGUACCGCCAAUGACAAUAAGAGAAAAGUCCCGUCAUGAAAAGUUCAAACAGCUUUUAAGCAGUGCAAACACAGAUUUAGAAGAAUUAAGAAAAUAUAGUUGGUCAGGAGUUCCAAGAGAAGUUCGUUCUGUGACAUGGAGACUUUUGUCGGGUUAUCUACCAGCAAAUAUGGAGAGAAGGGAAAUCACUUUACAGCGAAAGCGAGAAGAGUAUUUUGGGUUCAUUGAACAAUAUUAUGACUCUAGAAAUGAAGAACAUCACCAGGAUACCUAUCGACAGAUUCACAUUGACAUUCCCAGAACUAAUCCCUUGAUUCCCCUCUUUCAACAACCUUCUGUUCAAGAGAUCUUUGAGCGGAUUCUCUUCAUAUGGGCCAUUCGACAUCCAGCAAGUGGUUAUGUUCAAGGAAUUAAUGAUCUGGUGACUCCUUUCUUCGUAGUGUUCCUUUCAGAGCAUGUGGAAGAAGAUGUGGAAAAUUUUGAUGUAACAAACCUGUCGGAGACAGUACAGCGGAAUAUAGAAGCUGAUAGUUUCUGGUGUAUGAGCAAACUAUUGGAUGGCAUACAGGACAAUUACACUUUUGCUCAACCAGGGAUUCAGAAGAAAGUCAAAGCACUUGAAGAACUCAUCAGCCGAAUUGAUGAACAAGUGCACGUUCACUUCAGAAAAUAUGAAGUAGAGUACCUGCAGUUUGCAUUCCGGUGGAUGAAUAACUUGCUGAUGAGGGAGCUGCCUCUCAGAUGCACCAUCCGACUCUGGGAUACAUACCAGUCAGAGCCAGAUGGAUUUUCUCACUUUCACUUGUAUGUCUGUGCUGCUUUCCUCAUUAAAUGGAGAAAGGAAAUUUUGGAAGAAGACGACUUUCAAGGUCUACUGAUGUUGUUGCAGAACUUACCUACAAUCCACUGGGGUAAUGAAGAAGUUGGCCUUCUCCUAGCAGAAGCGUACAGGCUUAAGUACAUGUUUGCAGAUGCACCUAAUCACUACAGACGAUAAGUGGUUAGAAGAAAUGUUCAGAGCUGAAUUUAAACUCAUUUCAGUCUUUAAAGUCAGGUGGCUCUACUGACUGAGACAACAAAUGGUCCAACUACUUUGGAAGUAGUUUCUAAUUACUUGAAGCUUUUCUUAAGCUAUUAUUGUAAUAUACUAAAUUGAAAGUAGACUGAGAGCUCCCUCAGUUUGCUCUUCACAGAGCCUUGCUAAAUCUUUGAUACUAGGUUAUACAUAAUUCUUAGAAAAAGGAUUUAAAAGGAAUUAUAUCGUGUUUCUGUAUCAUAGUUACAAUGUAUGUGUCCUUAAUUUGAACUACUGUGAGCUUAUACUUAGGAAGUUGCAUAAGUGUUUGGAAUUAGUGUGCAUAAGAGAGACUGGUUAAAUUUUCCUCAUUUUUCAACACACCUGACAUCCAACUUCUUGUAGUAGAUGAUACAUUCACAAUAUUUUUAAUUGUGCCUCUUUUUUAAAAAAAAAUCCUCAAAUUUUAUUUUGGAGUUGCUGUGUAUUAUUUGAUGUAAACUUUAGCUGUUUUGGUGAGGUAUGUUCAUUUAAAAGUAUUUUAAUUUCUACAAAGUAUCUUUUUUUUAUAAGCAAUAAAAUGAUUCAUUUUUUAAUGUAGAAUUUGAGAAAUUUGGAAAAGUCUAACUAUCUUUAUAACUUUUUUAAAAGAUCUGUGUUAUGACCACUAAUGCUAUGUUAAAAGGCCAAUUACCAUUGCCAAUAAUAUAAAUUCCAAACUAAAGCCAUUCAAGAUUAAAAUAUGUUUCUCAGGUGCAGGUAUUUCUUUUUGGUUUGAGUGCCUUUCGAUUAAUUCUUUAUGUAAAGUUGAGAAAACAUUGUGAAACUUACGUUUGAAAUUGUUUUAGCAAGGGUUGAUGGCAUUUCUUCUAGCUCUUAAGAUGUCUCUUCUGAUUACUCAAAAGAUACCUUGGUAUGAGUUCUCGUGUUUAAGAAAUGAUUCAUAUAAUUAAAAUAUAGGAAUAUAUAUAUUUUUAAAUAUGUAUAAGACCUGAGAAGCAGAUUUUUCCAUUGAUGGCCAACAGUUAAAUGGUUAGGGUUACCCCCCCCCCCCCCCCCAACUCUAUUGGUUGAAGUUUUAAUAUUCCAUACAUGGUGCGUAGAAUUUAGAACUAUUAACCUGGCUGGGAAAGCAGCUUACCCUGCAUCCAGCAAUGACCAAUAUCAUUCCCAGAUUACCUGUUCUUUCCUAGCAUUCCCAAGUGAUAAGGAGAAAAUGUGAGAAAAGUAGAUCUGAGAUGUUGACCAGAUGCAAUCUAACAGAAUAACAGAAAAAUUGAGAGGGCCUGAACAGUUUAUUCUUAUUUCUAUAUGUUAGGGUAUCAAAAAAUAUAUAGAGAAAACAAAAUAAAGGAGUUGUGAUACACAUCAGCCAUGACCUUACAGAUAUGGCAAAAUAGACUUGAGAGGCUGAAUGGCAUGCUGCUUUUCUUUGUUCAGGAACCACGACUACUUACACUCAAUUGAUGAAAGCUUAUCACUUGCAGCUGAAGUAGUAUCAUUAUUCUCAGAGCCAGGCUGGUUACUAUCUACUGUGUGCCAUUUCCAACUAGUCAUGCACUCAAUAUCCUAAAUGCACAUUCUGAAGAAUCGUGCUUGGAACCUGAUCUAGUAAUUCCAAGAUUGAUAGUUUUUUCUUCUGUUAAACUCCUGGUCAACUUCACUGUGUAUAAUGUGUAAUCUUUGAUCAUUUUCAGUCAUGUCAGAAAAAAAUGGUAACUAUUGUUUGCUUCUACACUGAACUUGCAGCACCUUCUGUCAUUGGUUGGUGUGGUUCCUUAAAAGUUGUUAUGCAAAUACAUUGACAGUUUUUUAAAAAUUACAAAGAAAAUAUAAAUAAAUGAUGUAGGUUCAGUGGUCCACAAAUAGAUUUUUAUUAUGUUUAAAACUGUCAAUAAUUUCUUUUAUUUUGUUUUUAACUUAUUGUCUGAAAAAUCAGACUUGUUUUCAUUGUAUUUUCCUUUUUAUAUAAAGGGCAAAUUAUUGAAAACUACACUGCUGUAGUUUUUGGUAUGUCUGUGCCACUCUGGAAAUGUUGAAGAAUGUAAAUGGUAGCUUUUACAAUGAAUUACAAUCAAACCUCUGUUUUAACUUCCUGUGCUCCAAAAGGAAGAGUGAAUGUGCAAAUUAUUUUCUGGACAGUUAGGUAGGUGAAAAUGCACGGUUUAAUGUAUCAAUAUUCCUAACGCUUGGUUCUGCUUCUGUUUAUAAAGUGUCUUGCAAAUGGUUGCACCCUAAUCAAAGUCGAGCACAUGGGGAUCAAAGCACAAUUAUUUUCUUUAAGUCUAAAAGCUAGAAAGUAUAUUUUCCCCUUUGCGUAUAAUGUAGCUUCCCUUGCUACUUCUAGUUGCUGUUGAUCUUGGAGUUGAUUUACCACUAAAAGGAGGGCCAAGAUUGAAAGGCAUCAUAGAGCCAUACAGCACUGGAAUAGAUCCUUUGGUCCAGCUAGUUCAAAUUCCCAAGCUAAACUAGUCCCACUUGCCUACAUUUGGCCCAUAUCCCUCUAAAUGUUUCCCAUUCAUGUACUUAUCCAAAUGUCUUAGAAGUGUAACUGUACCUGCAUCCACCACUUCUUCCACACGUGAACAACUCUGUGUAAAAAAAAAAAAAAAAAAAAAAAAGUUGCCAGUCAUUGUAGUUUGUAAAACUUUCUCCUCUCACCUUAAAAAUAUGACCCCUAGUUUUGAACGCCCCCACCUUAGGGAAAAGACCUUUGCUAUUCACCUUAUCCAUGCCCCUCAUGAUUUUAUAAACCUCUUUAAGUCAUCCUUCAAUCUCCCACGCUCCAGUGAAAAAGGUCCCAUCCUGUUUUUAUAACUCAAACCCUCCUUUCGUGGCAACAUCCUGGUAAAUCCUUUCUGAACCCUCUCCAAUUUAGUAAUGUCCUUUCUAUAGCAGGGCAAGAGAAUUGCACGCAAUAUUUUGGAAGAGGCCUCACCGAUUCCUAAUCCUUAUACUCUAAGGUUUUGAGCAAUGAAGGCCAGCGUGCUAAACGCCCUCUUAAACAACCUGUCUACCUGUGAAGCAAAGUUCAAAGUAUUAUGUACCUAAACCCCUAGGUCUCUCAGUUCCACAACACUACUCAGGGCCCUACCAUUAAUUGUGUAAGUCCUGCCAUUGCUUGUUUUGCCAAAAUGCAGUUCCUUGCAUUUAUCCAAACUAAACUCCAUCUGCCACUCCUCAGCCCAUUAACUCAAUCCAUCAAGAUGUCUUCGUAAUCUUAGAUAAUCUUCUUCACUGUCGACUGUACUGCCAAUUUUGGUGUAAUCUGUAAAUUUACUAACCAUGUCUCCUAUAUUCUCAUCCAAAUUGUUUAUAUAAAUGACAAACAUAAGUGCACCCAGUACCAAUCCAUGUGGAACAAGGUUGGUGACAGGCCUCCUGUCCGAAAAGCAAGUCCACCACCACUCUCUGUCUCCUACAGUCAAGCCAAUUAUGUAUCCAAUUGGCAAGCUCACUCUGAAUCCCGUGUGAUCUAACUUUACCAUUUAGUCUGCCAUGCAGAACUUUGUCAAAGGCUUUACUAAAAUCAGUGUAAACAAUGUCUACCCAUUUGCCCUCAUCGGUCUUUUUGGUUACUUCCUCAAAAAACUCAAUCAAGUUUGUGAGACACAAUUUCGCUCACACAAAAUUAUACUGACUAUCCCUAAGCAGCCCUUGCUUCUCCAAAUGCAUGUAAAUCCUAACUUUCAGAGUCACCUCCAACAGCUUACCCUCCGCCAAUGUCAGACUCACAGGCCUAUAGUUCUCAGGCCUCUCCUUACAGCCAUUCUUAAACAAAGGCACAACAUUAGCCACCCUCCAGUUCUCUGGCAUCUCACCUGUGGUUAUAGAUUAUACAAAUAUUUCAACUAGGGUCCCUGCAAUUUCUUCACUUACUUGCCACAACAUCCUGGGAUACACAUGAUCAGGUCCCAGAGAUAUAUCCAUCUUUAUGUUUUCUACGACCUCCAGCACUUCCUCUUCUGUAAUGUGAACUGUUUUCAAAACAUCAAUAUUUGUUUCCCUGAGUUCUCUCACCUCUUUCUUUCUCAACAGUAAAAACUGGUGCAAAAUGUUCAAUUAAUAUCUCUCCCAUCACCUGAGGUUCAACACAUAGAAGACGCUGUUGAUCUUUAAGGGGCCCUGUUCUCUCCCCAGUUGCUCUUUUGCAGUUAAUGUAUUUGUAGACGAUCUUAAGAUUAUCCUAAACCUUAUCUGCCAACACUAUCUCAUGUCCCCUCUUUGCCCUCCUCAUUUCCCUCUUAAGAAUGCCCCUGCACUCUUUAUACUCUUCAAGAGACUCAUUUGAUCCCAGAAGUUGCUGGAAAAGCUCAGGAGGUCUGGCGGCACCUGUGAAGAAAAAUCCGAGUUAACAUUUCUGAGGAAGGGUCACUGGACCCGAAACUUUAACUCUGAUUUUUCUUCACGGAUGCUGCCAGACCAGCUGAACUUUUCCAACAACUUUUUGUUUUUGUUCCUGGUGUACAGCAUCCAUAGUUUUUUGUUUUGGUUUUCUUUUGAGCCCAGUUGUCUAUAUCUAGUAUGAUUCUUUCCUAUUCUUGACUAGAACCUCAAUAUCUUUGUUCGUCCAUUUUUCCCUACUCUUACCAGCCUUACUCUUUACACUUUCUGAACUCACAUUUUUGAAAGCCUCCCACUUGUCAGUCGUCCCUUUACCUGUGAACAGUCUACUCCAGUCAACAUUUGAAAGUUCUUGUCUAAUUCCAUUAAAAUUUGCCUUACUCCAAUUAAGAACUUUAACUUUUAUGGAAAGCUUAUCCUUUUCCAUAACUAUUUUAAAGCUAAUAGAAUUAAGAUCGCUAGUGCUCCCCCACUAACACUUCAGUUGCUUCCCCUGCCCAAUUUCCCAAGAGAAGGUCAAGUUUUACUCCUUAUCUAGUCGAUAUAUUUACAGAUUGAUAAAGAAAAUGUUCUUUAAAAACAUGUGACAAAUUCCUCACCAUCCAAACCUUUAACACCAUGGCAGUCCCAGUCAAUAUUUGGAAAUGUAAAAUCUCGUACUGUUACAUUGCUAUUAUUCUUGCAUGUAUCGAAGAUCUCUCUACAUAUUUGCACCUCAAUUUCCCUUUGACUAUUGGGGGUCUAUAGUACAAUCCCAUCAAUGUUAUCAUCCCUUUCUUAUUUCUGAUUUCUACCUAUAUAGUUUCACUGGACAAUCCCUCAGAAAUAUCCUGUCUAAUCACAGUAGUAAUGUUUUCCUUCAUCAAAAACGCCACUCCCACUCCUACGUUGCCUCCCUUUUUAUCCUUCUUAUAGCACCUAAAACCCUGAACAUUGACAUGCAAGUCCUGUCCUUGCCUCAGCCAAGUUUCUGUAAUAGUUAUGAUGUCCCAGCCCGAUGUGUCCAAACAUGCUCUGAGUUCAUCAGCUUUACCUGUAAGACACAUUGCAUUGAGAUAAUUGCAAUUUAAUUUUACAAAGUUACCUUUUUCUCUGACUUGCUCUGGUCUGCCUUUUCUAAUUAACUUGCUCUUUUCCAUCCUCAUCUGUCUUUCUAUUUUUACUGCUCCUUAGGAACCCACCCAUCCUCCCUCUCUACUAAUUUAAAGGGUCCCAAAAUCAAACUAGCAAAUCUUUCUGCCAGGAUAUUGGUCCCUUUCCAGUUCAGGUGAAGCCCGUUCCAUUGAUCAGCUCUUUUCUGCCCCAAAAGAGAUCCCAGUGAUUCAAAAAUCUGAAUCCUUGCACAUUGCACCAUCUCUUCAGCCACUGAUUUAUCUCUCCUAAGUUUUUAUUCCUACUGUCAUUAGAACAUGGCAGCAGGCGAUUACUACCUUUUUGAGGUUGUGCUUUUUCACCUUCUACCUAACCUCUUAUUUUCACUCUGAAAAGCUUUAUCCCUGUCCUUAACAAUGUUGUUCCUACCAAUGUGUACAGCAACUGGCUUCUCACUCUCCCCCUUGACAAUAUGCUUCAACUACUCUAAACUACCCUUUAUGGUUGAUUUACAUAACGUACUGACAAAAGUUGGGAACUGAUUGCUUGGCUAUGAUCUUAACAGAGGAAUGGUUUAUAACGCAAGGAAGCUUUAAGCACUUUUUUUAAAACUGGCAAAUGUGCACACUGGUAUAAUGAUGCAAAUGAUUUCACUCCCAUGUGAAUAAUAAGACUUAUUUGAUCAGAAUUACUAUCAUUUACAUGAUGCUUAACCACAUAUUGUUGGGUGAAGCUGGAAUCCUUAUCAGGAAGCAGAAGAAGCUAAGCUAUUUCAGCUAUUACAUACUGGAGAAAUACUAUUUACAUGAUGAAAAUGUGAUCAGAAGCAACGUGCAGUGAACUUGUGUGCCUUUACUGACUGUUCUGAACUGUACAGAUGCGGUAGUAUUUGGCCACAAUUGUGUGCCAUCUCACGUUGUAAAUAUUCAGACAAUGUCUUUGGCUCUGGAAUGCUUACAGCUAUGCCAUCUGAAACCAGAGAGAUGUUGCAUGGAUUUCAACAAUUUCUUUAGACCUUUAGAAUGCAAGUGAACAAUAUCUGUGACUCUCCACCUUCUCACUGUGUGAUGUUUUAACAUGAUAUGUACUGUCAAAGACAUGAUUUGUUGUCACUUCUUUGUGCAAUAAAUCCAAAAGAUACACACUUUCUGCAUUGUGCAGUAGCUGUUAUAGACUUGUUUUGCUGGUUACAUAAUACAAAAUAUUUCAUUAAAGUAGUUUAUUAAAGACUGGAACCAUGUGAGCUCUCAAAUACAUUUGUAGAGCAGUCAAGAAGUUAAUAUAUUAGCCCUUUGGAUGAUACUGUCUCUGAAAUAUGCCAAAUUAUUUUCAGACCAUGUUUUUACUUUAAAUGCUUCUGUAGACAGUGCUAAUAUGAGGCUUUGAAAAAUUAAAUUCCUGCUCCACAUCA